AUGGGUGAUUCAAACACUUGGGAUCUAGUUGGAGAGCAACAGCAAAGGAAGAAAAGCAGAUCACCAUCCAGAGCGAGUCGAGUGGAUUCCGAGUUACUGGUAGGAGUAGAAAAUGCAGCUGAACUUGAAGCUCUAGGUCUUGGAAAAGAGCAAUUAGAGGAAGAAGCAAGAAGACAUAAAAAGCAAAGAAGCAAAUCUCCAGCAUUGGAAAAUAUCCGGAAAACUUCUAUUCAUAUUCUUCAGAAAUUCGGAGCGAUUCCAAAGAAGAAAGAUGACAGUGUAUUGUUAUUUAGACAUCAAGAUAUUCCAGAUAUUUCUUUGGAAUCUUUAUGUAUCAGGCCAAAAGAAUUUUUUGAAGAGCCAAAAGUCUUCUCUUUUCGAGAUAUGGGAAGAGAGCAACAGAAAGCGGAAGUCAAUGAAAAAUGCUCGUAUCUGUUCCGUGGAGCAUCUUUCGACCAAGAUGAUCAUUUUGAACUUCCAACUGAAACGGGAAGAAUUCCAGAAUAUGAUCAUUUCUGUCCAAUUCAUGGCUCCAGAAGACGUCUCCCCAGAAAUAAACUUGUCACAAUGCAAUCCUUAAUGCAUUCUGUAGAUGGAGAGGAUAAUGAAGAUCUUUCGUAUAUUUAUGGUCACGACUUUCUGGCGAAAUUGGUUCGAAAAAAGAAACGAGAAAUGUUGAGUGGUGCAGAAAAAGAAAGAGCCACAAAGAUCAAAAGAAAAAUUAUGUCAAAUCUGUGGAUUCUCUCUGUUGCACUUUUGUUUUUAUUUACUGCAUUCAAUGGAUUACAAAACUUACAAACUUCUGUGAAUGGAGAUUUAGGAUCGGAUAGUUUAGUAGCUUUAUACUUAUCACUUGCAAUUUCAUCUCUUUUCGUACCCUCAUUCAUGAUCAAUCGUCUCGGGUGCAAAAUGACAUUCCUUGUUGCUAUAUUUGUCUACUUUCUUUAUAUUGUUAUCAAUCUCCGGCCAACUUACUCCUCAAUGAUUCCGGCUUCGAUAUUUUGUGGGAUUGCAGCGUCGUGCAUCUGGGGAGCCAAAUGUGCAUAUAUCACAGAAAUGGGAAUUCGAUAUGCUAGCUUGAAUUUCGAAAGUCAGACAACAGUUAUUGUCAGCUGUGGCUAUCAAUUCCCUAAAAAUCUCUCUUAUCUUUCCGAACUGGCUGAAAGUAAUCUAGCAAGACCUCCUCAAAAAGUUUAUGUAGCAGUUUGCCUUGCCUAUCUAGCUUGUAUUAUCAUCAGUGGAAUGAUUAUGAGCAUGUUCCUGAAUGCAUUGGUAAAAGAUACGCGUAAUAGAAAAAUGGCACAGCGGUUCAAUUCAGAAAUAAUUACACUGAUGGUGAAACAUUUGAUAAAUAUAAAGUUCCUGCUGUUGGUUCCACUCACAAUUUUUAAUGGUUUAGAACAAGCGUUCCUAGUUGGAGUGUAUACAAAGGCAUUUGUCGGAUGUGGUCUUGGUAUCUGGCAAAUUGGUUUUGUAAUGGCUUGUUUUGGAAUAUCAGACGCGAUUUGCUCUCUUGUUUUCGGGCCAUUGAUCAAACUUUUUGGUAGAAUGCCUCUUUUUGUUUUUGGUGCAGUCGUAAAUCUUCUGAUGAUUGUCACACUUAUGGUUUGGCCACUGAAUGCAGCCGACACUCAAAUCUUCUACGUCGUUGCAGCAAUGUGGGGAAUGGCUGAUGGUGUAUGGAAUACGCAGAUUAAUGGCUUCUGGGUUGCUUUGGUUGGAAGGCAAUCUUUGCAGUUUGCAUUCACAAAGUAUCGCUUCUGGGAGUCAUUGGGAAUUGCGAUUGGAUUCGCUUUAAUCAGGCACGUCACAGUAGAAAUGUACCUACUCAUCACAUUCUUCGUUCUUCUUCUGGGAAUGUGCGGCUUCGUGGCCAUUGAAAACUUUGAUCACAUUAUGUGUUUCUGGAAGAUACUCAAGGAAAACUCUCAAAUGGAAAAAAAAGCUGCUUGUGUGGAGCAGCAAAGGAGUGAUUCUGUGAGAAACAAUUCAAAAGUGGAAUCGGAACAUAAAACAAUGUAUUAA